CUGCGCAGGGUUAUAAGCGAAGAGCGGCUCCAACAGAUCCUCUAGUCAGUAGGCAACUGCGAGGGUUCGACACCGACAACGUAGCCGGGGCGGAAGGCGUUUGAUGCUGGCUUUGCCUCCACUAUGGCAAAAAUCAUCUUGAGGCAUCUCAUAGAGACUCCAGUGCGAUACGAGGAGGAGUUUGAAGCUCGAGGUCUGGAAGACUGCAGGCUGGAUCACGCUUUAUAUGAACUGCCCGGGCCAGCCACCGUGGACCUGGGGAAAGCCAGGGUGGCCCAGCCUGCCCCCGUGGACACCGUAGAGAUGCCGCCCCAGAGAGACGAAUCCCGCUUCCAGGUCCUGCUGGACGUGGUCCAGUUCCAACCCGAAGAUAUCAUCAUUCAGACCUUCGAAGGCUGGCUGCUGAUUAAGGCUCAACAUGGAACCAGAAUGGACGAGCACGGUUUUAUCUCAAGAAGCUUCACCCGACAGUAUAAACUGCCCGACGGCACUGAAACGAAAGAUUUGUCUGCCAUCCUCUGUCACGACGGAAUUCUGGUGGUGAAAGUGAAGGAUUCAGUUGGGACCAAGUGAAGUCUUAUCGGUGCCUGUUCAUACAGCACGAGGAAGAUUCUGGUUCAGCCCAUGGUCUCACGAGAAUGUGUGUAUUACCUACGUUUGAAAUGAUUUUUAUGAAGAUUAAAACUAUAG